ACUUUGCUGUUCCUGGUCGUCACCAUCCCAAGCAGACUUAAAAAUGUACAGCCAGCGGUUUGGUACUGUCCCAAGAGAAUUUAAGGGUCCCACUCCCAAGGCGGUGAUCAUAAGGGCCAAGCCUCCCAAGGCUCAAAGGGCUGAGCAACAUCUGAAAAGAAUCCAGCGCAGCUACCACAAGUACCAUACUACUUUGGCUUCCAUUAAGUCCAAUGAGCAGGAUCGCCUGAGAGCUGACUGGAUUGAGCACAAUGACCGCAAGUACUUUGACAGUCUUGUACAAGCAAGAGUCAAGGAUGCCAUGCAAGGCUUCAUCAUCAACACUGAGGAGAGACGGAAUAAGCUACGUGAACUUUUAGCAUCAGAAGAAAAUGAGUAUUUUACUGAACUGCAAUCAAAAGGAGAAACCAUUGAAGAGAAAAAAGACAGAAUGAGAGAGAGAACCAAGCUAUUAAGAGAGAAGAAGGAAAAAGAGAGGCAGGAUUUUGUAGCUGAAAAAUUAGAGCAGCAAUUCAGGGAGCGCUGUGAGGAGCUCCGCAGUAAACUGGUUAGUAUCCAUGAGAAGAAGGUGGUUGAGGAACGGAAAGCACAGAUUGAAUUCAACCAGGAGCUGCAGAGGCAGAAGCUGGUGGAAGAGCAGCUGUAUGCGAGGCUCUGGGAGGAAGACAGACUAGCCAAGGAAAACCGAGAUGCUCAAGAAGAGAGGAGACAGAAAGAGCUGGUUAGAAACACACGCCUGGGACUGGAUGCUCAAGUCACCAGCCUCCAGGCGCAAAGGCAGGCUGCACAGCAGAUGAAGGAAGAGGAGGCACGCCUCCUGGAGCAGAACAACGCACAGGUUAAACUAGAAGACGAACGAGAGAAGCUCCAGAAGCAGAAGACUAAGCGGGAAACUAGGAACAUUUUGCAGAAAGCCUUACAAAAGAAGAUAGAGUCUAUGCAGCAGGAGCACAGAGAGGAAGAGGACUUGAACAUGAAACUCGUGGGAAGGGCCCUUCAAGACUUACAAGAGGAGGCAGAUAAGAAGAAGCAAAAGAAAGAAGACAUGGGAAGAGAGCAGAAGAUAUACAAUGACUAUCUAAUACAGCGACGAAUGGAAGAAAAAGCCCAGGAGAAAGAACUAGACAGAAUACUAGAAGACAUAAAGGCAAAGAAGUUGGCUGAGAAGGAUCAGCAGCUGGCACUUGAAAGGGAGGCAAGGAAGCAACUUAUGAAAGAAGUCAUGUGUACAAGAAAACUCCAAGUGCAAGAAAAGAUACAACGAAAACUUAGAGAACAGGAAGAACUUGCUAUGGAACAAGAACGAAUAAGUCAAGGUCUGAAAGAGCUCAACUGUGAAGAGAGGGAGAAUUAUGCCAGGCGCUGUGGUUUGGCUAAGGAGUAUAAGAAUCAACUUCAGAUGCAAAUUGCUUACCAGAAGCAGGCUCUAGAAGCAGAGAAGAAAGAGGAACGCCAGGAGUUUGAAGCAGGGAUAGCAGCAAACAAAGCUUGCCUGGACAAGAUCCAGGAGAUCCUCUCAGAGCAUCACAUUCUGUCUCAGGCUGAUCACCCCAUGCGCAGGGCUUGCUCUGACAAGCUCUCACUGUAGUCUGUUAAACAUCAAUGUGUGUUUUCUGGGUCUUUUAGAAUUUUUUUUUAUCUACACCUUUUAACUAAUGGAUAAACUCUUAUUCUAUGAGUUUGUAUACUUUAUUAGACAUAGUUUUCUUCCCUCAAAUAAAUUUGUUUGGAUACUAAUGAAUUCUUCAUUGCUUUGGAAUGAUACCUGACAUUACCAACUUAAAAAGAAUAAAGAUUUAUUGCAUCUUUUGGAUG